AUAUAAAGGGUAGGACCCGUGGUCGGAUUUUUCUCAGUGUGUGAAACUAAUUUCCGUAGUCCAGUAACGCACCACACAGACGCCAGAAUGCCUGCAGACUACAAUGGAACCUGGGAGAUGGUGAGCAAUGACAAAUUUGAAGACGUCAUGAAGGCAAUGGACAUCGACUUCGCCACCAGGAAGAUCGCUGCGCACCUGACGCAGACCAAGAUCAUUGUCCAGAAAGGAGACGUGUUUGAGACCAUGACCCAGAGCACCUUCAGGAACUACGAGGUGAACUUCACCGUGGGGGUGGAGUUUGACGAGUACACCAAGGGCCUGGAUAACCGCACGGUCAAGACGCUGGUGAGCUGGGAUGGAGACAAGCUGGUAUGUGUCCAGAAGGGAGAGAAGGAAAACCGUGGAUGGAAACACUGGAUCGAGGGCGAUAUGCUACACCUGGAAAUCCAUCUUCUGGAUAAAGUCUGCAAACAAGUGUUUAAGAAGAAACAUAUCACCUAAUAAAGCUGGGUUCCACUGAGAGCUGCGUAGACCAGGUGGAUCAAUUACAACCCUAUUGUGGAUGUGAGCCUUUGGGUUGAAUGCUCACAAAGGGAUGAAGAAACAAAUCAUUCAUUGUGUAUUUAUAUCUAUUCAUUUGGAGAUAUCAUAUGCAUGAGUUUUUUCAGCUGCUAAAUCAUACUUGUAAAGUGGUUCUACAACAAUUACAUCAACUAAACAUUAGUGCUCGAAUGUUGUGGUUGAAGUAAAGAGCACUCUAAAUUGUAUUGUUAUUUUUGUUGUUAUAAUAAAGAAUUGUCCUUCUUAUAUCUAAGGCAAAGGAGAA